AUGGCAGCAGCCGGUGGGAGCCCAGCUCAGCUCAUGACCGGGAGACGCAUCAGAACUACACUUCCUGUGUUGGAAGAGAAGCCACAGCCUGCACCUGUUGACAGACGAAGGGUUCAGGAAAGAGACGCACAGACAAAGUCGUCCCGCCGGAUCUACCACGGCCGCCGCCACUCUGCAUGUCCGCUUCCACCCCUUCAUCAGGGCCAGGACGUCAGGGUCCAGACUGGGGAGAGUAGGGCUGGAGAACCCCGGGUACAGAGGUCGUACCCGGUGGCGACGGACAGCGGCGCAGUGCCGCGGCCACACCGGAGACACCCGCAGGCCUUACCCCAGUCUGCACAUCGGUCUGACCGACAGGAGCCGCGGCCUGAGAGACCUACACCCCCGCCAAGUGGGCCUGCUCCCGCGGCCAGUCCUGCCCCUCAGCGACCGGCCACCAGGCCAGAGGGCCCCCGGCCGAGCCGUGGGGCCCGCACCCCCGCAUACACCGCCGCACGGCGGGGCACCGGGGACCUCCAGGGGCCCUGA